AUGGCUUUGGCGAGCUGGUUAGUUUUGGCUGCCGUGUUGCUGGCACAAGUAUUCAAAGCAACACUGCACAUACUAUCCAGAGUGAUUAUGAAGGACGGAACCUUCGUUUUCGCGCUAAUUACUUACCAUAAUACAGUUUCUGCCCUAUCGAUUGCCCCUCUUGCCUACUACUUUGAGAGAUAUGGUGAAAAGAAAUUUGGUUGUGCAAUUUGCUUCUUGCCUUUUGCUAGUGCUGCAACCGUGAUAUCCGAUUCUUCAUUUUACUAUUACGGUCUCCGUGAUGUCACAGCCACAUUUGCCACUAACUUAUACAACUUAAUUCCCAUAUUCACUUUUCUCUUGUCACUCAUCACCAAAACAGAGAAACUAGACCUGCGAACCAAACAAGGAAAAAUAAAGACUUUUGGAGUGUUGCUGUCGCUUGUUGGAGCACUAGUUGCAUCCCUUUACAAGGGAAAUGAAUUGUAUAUUGUUUACCACCACCAACACAGGGACUCUCAGACGGUCACCACCCAGAACUCCCAUGCCCACUGGGCGCGCGGCACAAUCUUGAUCAUUGCAUCAUGCUUGACACGUGCAUUAUGGUUCAUAGUGCAGCGUAAACUCUUGGCGGUAUUUCCUUUUAAAUAUACGGCAAUUAUGCUGCAAGGUGGUAUAUCAUCCACGCAAUCAGCAGUAAUUGGCCUUUGCCUAGAUAGACAUGUUGCUGCAUGGAAGCUCGGCUGGAAUUUAGAACUGCUCGCCAUAGUUUGCUCGGGAACACUUUAUUCAGCCGCAACAUUUUGCUUACAAUCGUGGGUGAUCUCAAUCCGAGGCCCCACUUAUCCAUCCAUGUUCAACCCGGUCGGUCUAAUUUUUGUAACCGUAACAGAAGCACUCUUACUUGGUGAAGCCAUCAGAGUCGGGAGUUUGAUUGGCAUGAUCGUCAUUCUCGCUGGGUUAUACUCCUUUCUGUGGGGCCCCAAAAAGAAAGAAGAUGGAGAAUCGGAGUCGACAACCCAACACGUGAUCAGAGAUCGGCGUAAACUCUUGGCGGUAUUUCCUUUUAAAUAUACGGCAAUUAUGCUGCAAAGUGGUAUAACAUCCAUGCAAUCAGCAGUAAUUGGCCUUUGCCUAGAUAGACGUGUUGCUGCAUGGAAGCUCGGCUGGAAUUUAGAAUUGCUCGCCAUAGUUUGCUCGGGAACACUUUAUUCAGCUGCAACAUUUUGCUUACUUUCGUGGGCGAUCUCAAUCCGAGGCCCCACUUAUCCUUCUAUGUUCAACCCAGUCGGUCUAAUUUUUGUGACCGUAACAGAAGCACUCUUACUUGGUGAAGCCAUCAGAGUCGGGAGUUUGGUUGGCAUGAUCCUCAUUCUCGCUGGGUUAUGCUCCUUUCUGUGGGGGGCGAAGAAGAAAGAAGAUGGAGAAUCGGAGUUGACAACCCAGUUGACGCAGGACACGUGA